ACAAAACCGCGUAGGAGUUGUGUAAUACAUCCUUUUGGUAUAAAACUCGAUUUAUUGUGCGUCAGUAUAUCUUGGUAUAGCGAGCUACCCAGACCAACCGGCACAAGAUGAAAACAACAAUAGUUAUUUUAUCUCUGAUGAGUUUUCUUCUCGUCCAGAGUGCACCAUUACCAGAACAAACUAUAGCGGAAAAAGCACAAGAGGCAUUUGAUACGUUCAAGGAGCGAGCGCAAGAGGCCUUAGAGUACGCUCAAGAGACUGCAAGCAAAGCUAUUGAAUCAGCUCGAAAUAAAUUGCAAGAAAUUAUGGACUCUGCUCAGGAAACAGCCAAACAGGGAGUGGAAAAUGGUCAAGAACUGUAUGAAUCUGGAAAAAAUUACAUUGCUGGGUUAAAAAAUGCUACCGAGCAAUUGGAAAAACAGACCUCUUAAAUUUUAUACUCAAUGCUGUAAAAAGUAAUAUUAAAUAUCAAUAUGAUUUUACCUCGUAUUUUAUUGUGAAUUUAUUAUCCGAUGAAAAAUAAAUUUUAAAUUUAACGCUUU